AUGCACGAGAAUACCGUGCACGGAUCACUCUAUACGUACGCAUACAAUCAGGGUAGGCCUCUCACCGCUGCCGAAGUACAGGCUCAUCCCGAGUUUCCGUACAUUACAUGGGAUCUCAAGCCUCAGUCGCAGGGCAAAUUGUCCGUUGCAAAGGCCAGAGGAGGACCUCUUGAUAUCGCAUGGGAGGUUCAUGGAGAGGGCGAGAACAAGAUGGUGUGGAUAAUGGGACUUGGUGGACUCAAGACCUCAUGGCAAAGACAAACCAAGGACUUUUCGCACACCAAGGCAUCACAAUACUCGUCUCUGAUCGUUGACAAUCGUGGCAUGGGUGAGAGCAGCAAGCCCAUGCAACGCUACUCGACUUCGGAAAUGGCCAAGGAUCUCCUCGAAGUCAUUGAUCACGUCGGCUGGACGGCAGACAGACAGUUGAAUGUCGUUGGUAUCUCAAUGGGUGGCAUGAUUGCCCAAGAACUUGCAUACAUGAUUCCCGACCGCAUCGCGACACUGAACCUCAUCUCCACAGCACCGCGUCUGUUCAACACGGUCGGCUUCAUCGAGAAUCUGCGCAACCGCAUCAACCUGUUCAUCCCUCGCAGCCUGGACGAUCAAAUCGCAAACGUCAAGCACAACAUCUACACUGAAGCCUUCCUCGACGCCCCAGACAACCUCGAAUACAAAACCAAACCCUUCCCGACCAACGGUGAUCGCUUCGCCGCACAGGAAGUCGCAAAGCGUAAGAUGCCGCAGUACUUUAAUCGCACGGGCUUCAUGGCACAGGCGAUUGCUGCAGGCUGGCACCACAAGACUGAUGCUCAGCUCAAGGAGAUUGGUGACAAGGUGGGCCGAGAGCGUAUCUUGGUGUUGCACGGCACCAAGGACCGCAUGAUCACUUUCCCUCAUGCAAACAUGUUGUUGAACGGGCUAGGUGGUGAGGAGAGUGGUGUUCGCAAAGCCUUCUUCGAGGGACAGGGACAUGUGGUGCCUAUCGAGCUCAGACAGGAGUUCAACAAGAUCAUUGAGGAAAUGGUGGAGAAGGGCAACGCCCUGAACGUCAAGGCAUGA